AUGGCGGGGGCGGCUCCGCUCCCCCCGGAGCCAGGUGGCUACUUUCUGGGCUCUGACAGUAACUGUGCUCCCAUGUGUGUGGUUGUCGCGCUCGUGUGGCGUUGCCACGCAGACGAGAAGGGGGCCGGGCGCUCCAGCGCUCACCCCAGCAACCCGCCUUCGUACCCCCGCAGCGUGACAGGAGAACACUCUCCUGUGAAAGGGUCUGGAUGGGCGCUCAGGGUAGAGUGGAGGCGGGAGCUAGCCGAGGUCAUCCGAGGCACCCAGGGUUUCCGUGCUGCGCGCGGACGCGCGAGGGGCUUGCGGAACCUCGAGCAGAAGCAGGAAGAGAGCGUGCUGAUCGAGCACGUAGGACGGGUCCAGGCGUCGCGCUCGCUUCGACGGUACUUCUGGGUUCCACCCCAGCAGGUGUGCGACGAGGAGCUGCACGAGGGGACCAGUGGGCUGGCAGUUCCGGCCCCGGCGCUGGCCCCGGCCCCCGCCGCCGCCGCCCGACCGCUGCCCUACGAAGCCAUCCCGCGCAGCGGCCGCAACGCCUGGCUCAGCCUGUACCGCCUGUGGCGGAGCAACAGCUUCCAGCGCUUCCACCUGGUCAUGCAGCGCAACUUCCAGCGCCUCGGGCCCAUCUACAGGGAGACCAUAGGCACCUACAACUGUGUCAACGUGCUGCUGCCCCGAGACGCGGCCCAGCUCUUCCAGUCUGAGGGGAUCUUCCCACGGCGCAUGGGCAUUGAGUCCUGGAUCGCCCACCGCCAGCUCCGCAACCACAAGUGCGGCAUCUUCCUGCUGAAUGGAGAGGAGUGGCGCUCGGACCGCCUGAUCCUCAACAAGGAGGUGAUCAGCCCUGCGGGCACCCGGAAAUUCCUGCCCUUCCUCAAUGCAGUGGCCCAGGACUUUGUCACCCUCAUGCACCGGCGCAUCAGCAAGAAUACGCGCUGCUCGCUCACCAUUGACCUCUACGGUGACCUGUUCCGCUUCACCCUGGAGGCAAGCAGCUACGCCCUGUACGGGGAGCGCCUGGGGCUCCUGGAGGAAAGCCCCAACGCGGAGUCACAGAGGUUUAUCAGCGCCGUGGAGACCAUGCUGCGGACCACCUUGCCACUGCUCUUCAUCCCCCCGGGCCUCAUGCGCUGGGUCAACACCAAGCUGUGGAGGGACCACAUCGAGGCCUGGGACACCAUCUUCAAGCAUGCUGAUAAGUGUAUCCAGAACAUCUACCAGGAGUUCUGCUUGGGGCAGCCCCGGAAGUAUUCGGGGAUCAUGGCGGAGCUGCUCAUGCAGGCGGAGCUGCCGCUGGACUCCAUCAAGGCCAACAUCACUGAGUUCACCGCGGGCGGCGUGGACACCACUGCCAUGCCACUGCUCUUCACCCUCUUCGAGCUGGCCCGCAACCCCAGCGUCCAGACGGCCAUUCGCCGGGAGAUCGCCGAGGCCGAGUCGCAGGGGCCACGGGAGCUCUCCAAGGUGCUGAACUCCAUGCCCCUGCUCAAGAGCGCCCUCAAGGAGACCCUGAGGCUCUACCCCGUGGGCAUAACGGUCCAGCGCUACCCAACCAAAGACGUGGUGCUCCAGAACUACUGCGUGCCAGCUGGGACCCUGUGCCAGGUGGGGCUGUACGCCAUGGGCCGGAGCCCCGAGGUGUUCAGCAACCCCGAGCGCUACGACCCCCUGCGCUGGCUGAGCAAGGAGGAUAACAGCUUCAAGGCCCUGGCCUUUGGCUUCGGGGCCCGGCAGUGCAUUGGCCGCCGCUUGGCAGAGACCGAAAUGAUGCUGUUCCUCAUGCACGUCCUGCGGAACUUCCGGAUCGACACGGUGUCCAAGGCAGAUAUUAAAACCGUCUUUGGGUUCAUCCUCAUGCCCGAGAAGCCGCCUCUGCUCACGUUUCGGCCCAUCGACUGAGCCCCUCACCCCGGCUCUCCACCUGCUCCUUCCGCACUCUGGGCAUGGGGGACGGGAGGAGGAAUCCAGCAGCAAGGGAGGGGAGAGGAGCUGUGCUAGCGAGACAAAUGCCCCUUCAAGGCAGGGCAUCUAGCUGGCAGCUUCUCCCCUCCCCUCCCCGGACAUGCCAGGGCAGCCUGGUACAGAGAACAGCCACCCCCACCUUGUAACACAGAAGUAGGUGCAGACCCCAGAGCCUAGGGGCCCACCCAUGGAUCCCAGCCGCAUGCUAGGAUUUGUAGCCACUAUGGGCUACAGAACGUGGUUGGAGGGUGGUCGAGGGCCAAAGAUCAGCCACCUCUGUCCUAAGGGCAGCCAGUGCCCGUUUGCCCAUCUGCCGCCAGGGGAAGGGGUCUCCUUCUCCGGAGAGACCCAGCGCGGGCAGGAGACCCCACCAGCGGGUGGAACCAUAAAGCCAUGGGACGGGGCGGGAGAAGGAGGAAAGUUCUGUUGGG